AUAACUUAAAAAAAAAGAAAAUCCACUCCAUCUAAAAAUGGCCAGUGAUGGAGAAUCCACUGUGGCUGCUGGUAAACUUGUUCCGAUGGUUAAUUCCCCUCGCUAUUAAACAUUUACACUUCUUUCCAGUCUGAAUUUGUCUAGCUUCAGCUUCCACCCACUGGAUGGUGUCAGACCAUUCUUUGCUAGACUGACUUGUAGAGUGAGCAGCAUCCCAGCUGUUGGCCAGUUACCUGAACCAUGCCCCUUCGCAUAGCUGUUUGGUGGUAGCUGAGUUUUGCUGUCAGUUUAGGGUAUUGCCAAGUAAAUUCCAGUUAAAGGAGGUUUGGAUUCCAUGGUCAAAACCUUCGUCCCUGCCAACCUGAUUACUAGUGAUGGGGCCAGGUAAGUAACAGCGACUAAGGCCUGGGUGUGGGUGAUUUUCCAUUUCCUCCUUCCACAGAAGCUGUGGGGUGUGCGUACUCUCCCCUGGGGACUGUUACUAAACACCUGUUUAUAGUAACCAUUGUGAGCAUCAGGCUGGAAAAUAUCCCCACAGUGCGACUCACUCAGUCAAUAGCAGCCGAUGCUGGAGCUCCAGGCAGGAGGGGCCACCUUUGGAAGAGGGGAGAAAAGGAUAAUCUGGAUCAUCUGAGAGCUGGGCUGAGAGAAACCCCAAAGCCAAGGAACCAAAUUACAUAGGCUGUGAGCAGAGACUCCCACUGCAUCACCUCUGUCUCCUGCCCAGGCUGGCUGCCAUGGAGACCAGCUGGGACAGCAGCCUCCACAGCUGGGCCGGGCCAACCCCAGCCGUGAUCCAAGCCACCAUGUACUCCAAGGCAGCGCGGCAGGCUGAGGAAACCAGGGAAGAGCUGGAAAAGAUCCAGGCGCGGAUUGACCAUGUGAUCCAGGCCUACGAGCACAGUGAGCAGGUCUCGUCUGCCCAGCAAGCAGCCACAGAGAUUGUGGAGGAUGUGGAGCAGCUGGUAGCCGUCCUGGGGGACCCCGUGAAGAAGAAGAGAUACCAGCAGCAAGUGACUGUCUUCAUCGUGGGAUACCAGGAGUCCUGUGGGCAGCGCAACAGCCUCCUGAGCCAGCUUCAGGAGUUCUUCAGCUGCUCUGCGGAGCUGGGGCUGGGGCUGGAGAGCCACAGCCUGCCCGACGACUUCCCCGUGCACAUGGGCGACAUGGCUGGCAAGGUGACAGCUGCUCUGAGCUCGGCCGAGGCAGCUAUGUCCCGCCUGGCAGAUCUGAACAAGGACAUUGUCAGCUACGUGACCAGCGCCCUGGCCACACCCAGCCCCAAAAGUUACUCUACCCUGGAGGUUCCCCCAUCUGCAGCUGGGCAAGGGCUGGCCUGGGGCACGGGCAAUGAUCGGGUGAGAUGGGGUUUGUCCUUCAGGAGGCACAGGAAGCAAGUGGAGAAGACUGUAGACAAGGCUAAGGAAGAAGUGGUCCAGAUCAAACGCAGGCUCCUGCAGGCUCAGGCAGACCUGGAGAUCAAGGAACAACAGCUGAAGGACCUGCAGCAGCUGAACGAGAUGAAGGCAAAGGAGAGCCGGCUCUUCCGAGCCCAGCUGGAGAGCACCCAGAGACGCCUGCAAGGCCUGGAGCAGGAGAGUGGGGCUCAGCGGGCCCACCUGGAAGCCGAGCUGAGGAGCCGGGACUCGUGCAUCGCGGAGCUGGACAGAUUCCUGCAGGAGAAGAUGUGGUUGCAGAGGGAUGUGGCCACCCAGUGCAGUGACUGUGCCCCAUCCAACCCUGCUGCCUGCCCAGGAGGGCUGCUCCCCUCCGGUACGGGGGCUGCUGAGGAGGGGCCACCAGCAGGAAGGGAGCUAGGGGAAGGGCUGGCAGAGUCCAUGGUGCGACCUGAAGAGGGGUUCCCGAACCCAGAGGACACCCCGGGGCUGGGGGUGCUGGCUGGGCCAGCUGGAGGGCGCAGGGAAGCUGGGAAGGAAGAGGAAGAUGCUGAAGGGGAGCCAGCCACACACCCUGCAGGGGGUGAGAGGAGCCCCAGCUGGGGCACUGCAGUCGAGAAUGGAACAGUGCAGACUCCAGAAGCCUCGGCUACCUGUGAGCUCCUAGCCCGGCGCCUGGCUGCCCUGGAGGCAGAGUUAGCUGCAGCCCAACUGCAAAACCGUGAGGAUGCCGAGCACUGGGAAAGGCGCUGCAGGACCAUGGCAGCCAAGUGGGAGGAGGAGAGGCAGAGAUUAUUGCAGCACACAUGGCACCCAGUGGAGGAGGCGCAGCACCUGGAGACGAUGCGCUCAGCAGAGAUGGUGCAGCACCUGGAGAUAUCCCAGAUGGGGCAUCCCAUGAAGCAGGUGGCCAUGGGGCAGCCAGCACAGGGAGGGGAGACAGCUCAGCAGGUGGAGAAAGUGCUGCAGAUCCUGCCAAUGCAGCAGGUGCAGCCAAUGCAGCAGGGGGCGCUGGUGCAACUGGUGCAGCCAGUGGAGCUGGUGCAGCAGACACAGCCAGUGCCGCAGGAGCAGCUGGCUGAGCGAGUGGAGACAGCCCCAAAGAUGUUUGCAGCUGGAUCGCAGUUGACUUUGCAGGCCAGAGGUUUCCCUGAGCUGACUCUGGCCCCCACCCCUGCUGGAGUAGCUGCUCCUUCCCCAGGGCCCACUAGGCAUGGGGGUGCUCCCAGAUCAGGUGCUUCCCCGGAUGCCCUGUCCCAAUCCCAGGGCGGGGCAACCCCAGCGCCUGCAGCAGGAUGCCGUGGAGCUGACAGCCGCGUGGUGGCCUUCAUAGAGUCCUUGCGGGCAGGGCUUAUGGCUAAAGAGCUCCACAUACUGGCUCGGCUCCUGGAUGGCCCAUGUGGCGGGCUAAUGACAGUGACCCCUGAGGACGCAGCAGGAGCUGAAAUCCACACGCUGCUUGAGAAUGCUACUCUAGUUUUUUACAGCUUGCUUGAAGGUAUAAGCGAUAAUGACAAGAUGCUGCUCCAGCCGCAGAACAUGAUGUCAGAUCAAGGGGGAGCUGCGGCGCCAGCCCUGGGAAAAGGCAUUGCCGUGGGUGGAGCAGGCCCUUUGGCUCUGGACCAGCACCCUGUAGGAGGGCACAGCUCCCAUGCUGUACCGCUAACCCAAGGCCGGCUGAUGAGCGCAGGAAGGGGGCUGAGUCCCAGGUCCGAGCCUGGCAGCGCCGGGGCCAAGAGGAGAGCCCCUAGGGUCCUGUUUACUCAGCAGGAUGAGCAGCACAACAGACAGGUGCUGAACCAAGGCGUAUGCAGAGGCCAGGUGCCAUGGGGCCUGUACCAGGACGCCAGCCUGCUGAUGGGGGGCUUCCGAUGGCUUCGCCGCCAGAGGUUCGAGGGCCUGGUGAGGGGUUACCUGGCCCAUGUCCGCAUGAAGGAGGCAGAAGAAACCUUGGAGCAACUUCAGGGCAGUUGUGGCUGCGUGAUGGUGCAGAGUGCCCUGGGGCGACUCCAAGCGCUGAGGCAGCAGAGGCUCCAGUGCUGGCGGGGCGAGCGGUGCCGCAGCUGGGCAAGGCAGCUGCAGCUGGCAGAGCUGCUCAGCGAGACGCUGAGGCGUGUGGAGGAGCGUUCAGGGCUGUUCGUGAUCCAGCCUGUGCUGCCGUGGGCUGGCAGGCCGACCACACUAACCCCUCCCGGAAGGAGCGACAUGCGGCCCCAACCCAGUCCCAAGAUGCUGGUGCCAGCGCUGAUGGGACAGGAAGUGAGCAGCCCCCUGGCCAUGCAGGGUCUCCAGCUGCACGGCCCAAGGGAGGCAGGGCCCCCCAAGCUGUGGAGCUUCCCGGCACUGGGGAGCAGCGGGGCUUGGCCAGAGUGGGACUUGGCAUGGCCAAGCCCACUGGUGAUCACCCCACGGCUACUGGAGAUGGACCUCAAUGGCUACCUGCUGCAGGAGCACCAGCAGGAGGAGCCAGCCCGGCCCAGGCCCAGGCCCAGGCCCAGCCAGUCCCAGAGCGAGGCCCUUCGCAGCCUCCUCGCUGAGGAGUUUCCUUCCCAUCCGACGCGGCGUGGCCCUGAUAGGCCCCAGUCUCUCGGAGAGGCUGUGAACACCCAGCUGUGGCUCCAAAUCAGUUCGUGAUCCCAUGGGCACAUUCCAGACUCCAGGACACAGCUGGAGAAACCAUCUAUUGGAAAUCAGCUGGCUGGGGAAGGAUCCCAGCCAAUCACAAUCCAGAAUGGCC